UUGCACCACCACAUCAUCACUCGCAUCCUCUUCACUCCACCAGCUCGCAUACCUCAGCUACUACCAGUCAUGGCGUUUGUCCGGCGCCCGUGCACGGUGGCGCUGCUCGCCUGUGCCGCCGCGUUCCUCGUUGCCGCCGUCGGCGCCCAGCCAGCGGACCCGAGCGGCAAGCCGUUGGAUCAAAAUCCCAUCCUCACGGACCCCGAUAUACAGCGCGUGUACAUGAGCCCUGGCGGGCCGCUCACCACGGUGAGCUGCUACAACCGGAGCAACCCGGCGGCGAAGGAGCCUGACUGCAGGAUCACGGCGCGCCAGUGCCCCCGCGGCUGCCGCGACCUCUGCUACGUGCACUGCCCCACCUGCAAGCUCGUCUGCAUGUGUGAUCUGACCGGCACGGAGUGCUACGACCCGCGCUUCGUGGGCGGCGACGGCAACAAGUUCCUCUUCCACGGCCGCAGGGACGCCGACUUCUGCCUCCUCUCCGACUCCAACCUGCACAUCAACGCGCACUUCAUCGGCAAGCGCAACGAGCAGGGGGCACGGGACUUCACCUGGGUGCAGGCGCUCGGCAUCCGCUUCGGCGGCCACCGCCUCUACCUCGGCGUCAAGCGGACCGUCACCUGGAACAGCGCCGUCGACCGCCUCGCAAUCACCUUCGAUGGCCUGCCCGUCGAGCUCGACGCCGCGCCGGCAGCCAGCUGGAGCCCAGUCUCCGCACCUGCGCUAUCUGUCUUCCGCACCGGCGCGGCCAACGGUGUCGUGGUGCGCCUCGACGGGCGGUUCCGGAUCGUCGCCAACGCGGUGCCGGUCACCGAGGAGGACUCCAGGGUCCACGGCUACGGCCUCACCGCCGACGACAGCCUCGCGCACCUCAACGUGGCCUUCAAGUUCCACUCCAUCAGCGCCGACGUGCAUGGCGUGCUCGGCCAGACCUACCGCUCCGACUACGUCAGCGCCGGGGUCGACAUGGGCGCCAAGAUCCCGGUGAUGGGAGGCGCCGGGAAGUACCAGGUGUCCAACAUCUUCGGGACGGACUGCGAGGUGGCGCGCUUCGCCGGCGAGGAUCUCGGGGAGGUGGGCCUGAUCCAGGAACCGGCGGACACCAUGUGCGGCAGCGGCAAGGGCAGCGCCGGGCUGGUCUGCAAGAAGUGAAAUACUAUGGCGCGAUAGCUGCUUUUGCGUUCUAUACAUACGUGUCCGCUGCUGCUACAUUUGUCAGUAGCGGUUCUACGUUUGGUUUCAGAAUAAAUCACGUGCUGUCUGGUGAUGUUUUGUGUUGGUCGUCGUACCUGUGUAGGGCAACGUUGAAAGCAAAACGAUGCUCGGUGUGUGCUAGGCUAGGAUAGGAUCGGCAGGCAUGGCUCGAGGUUCAGAUGCAUGCCGACCGAAUCUUAGCUACUCCUCGUGGUUUGUUUUUCGAUAAUUAAUUAACGAAUCAAGCUUUUGUACUACUCCUGCCGUUUCAG